AAGCCAGAUCGGUCAUUCGUGGCUGGAACUCCGAGCGCGGCGCACCACCACACGCCCAAAAACUGUGUGCACUCUGCUGAUGCCAGCACUCUUACACACCGUCUCUUCUUGUGUGUACAAUUUUUCACGAGUGCCUGAAUUUGAAAACCGAUUUUUUUUUUGGAAAAAAAAAACAAAACACGCACAUUUUCUUUUGUUUUUUGCGUGAACAGUGUAGACAUCGUGUUUGUGUCUUCUCCAUAAUCCCACCGUGAAUUUUUGUUUUGUUUGUUUUGAAAUGACCGACUUCGUCUGCAACUAGUGAUAUCGAAAAUCAAGCGCAAUUCGUCCUCAAAAAGUGGAUCGGCGAGAACAUCAAUCGUCCGCAUUCGUGUGAAUCAUUUCAAUCGACCGAUCAAGAGGUUUGUCUUUUCAAAAUCAUUAUAAAACAGAGCGACAGGAGCAACGGCAAACAAACAACAACAAACCCGAAAAAAACAAACAAAACAAAACGAGAUGGACCUGCUGCUGGACUAGUCCACACACACACACACACACACACUCACAAAGACACAGAGCCGGAAAAAAACAAAACAAAAAAAAAACCAGAACAUCCAAUCAAACAAAAGAAGAACGGACCGUGAGAAAGUGCAUUGUUUUGGACUUUAGACGGCGGAUGAUGUUAUUGGCCAGUCUGGCGCAAAGCGUCGGCCGACCAACAUGUCCGUCCUGCAUCGACAAGGCCGGCAGUCGAUGAUGGCCUUUGCCAUUAGCCUCGUCUGCUGCGGCCUGCUGCUUUCUUCGCAGCUGAUGGUGGCCGAAGCGUUUUGCCCGUCUCAGUGCCAAUGUAACGACCACGCCUUGGAGGCCGAUUGCGCGGGUUCGCGGCUGGACGUGGUGCCCAUCCUGCUCAAUCCUGCCCUGCGCUCGCUGCGCUUGGCGCACAACCGCAUCGCCACCAUCCGGCAGUCGCUCGACUUCUACGCCGACCUGGAGCUGCUCGACGUGUCGCACAACGCCCUGACCGGCCUCGGCCAGCGCCAACUCGGCUCGCAAAAAGUGCUGAGGGCCCUCAACUUCAGCCACAACGCCAUCGCACACCUGGACAGCCACGCUUUCCAGGGUCUCGGCCAGCUGCAGGUGCUCGAUCUGCGGCACAACGAGCUGACGGCCAUCGACGACGGCUCCCUCUCCGAGCUGGUGAACUUGGUGCAAUUAGAUUUAAGUGACAAUCGGAUCGAGAGGCUCAGUGAUCAGUGUUUCGCCUCGCUCGUGCGCCUUCGCUCGUUGAACUUGCGAGCCAAUCGGCUGCAACAGUUGGCUCCGUCGCCCAGCUGGACGCCGCUGGCCGCCUCUUUGCUCAGUCUAGACCUGAGCCACAACUUGCUGGCUCAGCUGGACGGCGGCGAUGGCGGCCUCAGUGCCUUGAUCGAGCUGCGUCAGCUCAACUUAAGCAACAACACGUUGCACCACAUCCAUUACGCUGCCUUCGAAGGGCUGGCGCGGCUCAGCGAACUCGACCUGAGCGCCAACCGGCUCGAAUACGUUCCCAGCGACGCCCUGUCGCCGCUGGGCGCUAGUCUUCGCCUGCUCGACCUGAGCGCCAAUUACAUGAGCCAAGUGGGCGCCGGUGCCUUUGCCCCACUCGCCCAACUCGAGACGCUGAGGAUGUCGGACGUCUUGACUCUGCAAUCCAUCCACGCCGACGCCAUGGCCUUCCUCAAUGCCACGCUGCAGACGCUCGUCUUGUCCAACAAUCGCCAGUGGAAGGCGCUCCAUCCGCAAAUGUUGUCGCAACUCAAGCGGCUGCGCUACGUCGACCUGAGCGGAAGCGGAUUGCAGACGAUGCGACAGAUCGACGACUGGCCGCCGCAUCUGGAGCACUUCGAUCUGAGCGGCAACCCGCUCCAGUGCAACUGUUCCAUGCACUGGCUGUGGCAGCAUCAGAACCAGCUGGAGCACAAGAGCAACGGCAGCGAGGCCACCUUUUCGGCGCCCAUGAAAGACAUCGUUUGCCAAGGGCCAGAGUCUCUAGUCGGCCGCCAUUUCUUCCAGCUCGAGGAGUCGCAUUUGCUGUGCUGGACUUUGGCGCAAAUCAUCGCCAUCGCUCUCGUUUCCGCCCUGGCCGUCAUCGUCGUGACGGCCGUGGCGCUCCUGUGCUGCUGGCGACGUCGACGCCUUCACCAGAAGCACGCGCCCUCGUCCUCUUCGUCGACGUCGUCCUCCGGCUCGUCGACGGCCACGUCCCAUCACCACCACCACCUGCCGGCCACGGCCGUCUUGCAUCCGCACCACGUCAAAAACCUGACAAACAACAUGCUGCACCAGCCGCAUCUCCACCACCACCACCACCACCAUCACGUGGGCCAUGCCAAUCACCUCGAUCACCUGGAACAGCAUCAGCAUCUGCAUCACCACAAUCUCUACCAGACGCCGGACAGUCCUCCGCUGAAGAGCAAAACCUUGUCCUUUCCCAAGACGGUCGAUUAUUUCCUCAACGACGACGACUACGUCUACCACCCGGGUGGGCAUAUUAAACCGAUUCCCGUCACCGCAGUGUAAAUAACAACAACAACAACAACAACAACAAAUAUGAAAUAAUUCUUCCUACUUCCUUGUUUGUUUUUUUAAAUAUAAUUCUUCUGUGUGUGUAUAGCACAUAUAUAUGAAGUAUAUAUAUAUAUAAAAAUAUAUAUAUAUACAUAGCCGUCCUUUUUCAUUAAAUGUCGGUGUGUGUAGAGAUUGUACAUAUAUACACCCCCCCGGUGCCGCACCUUAACCCAGCGCCCCCCCCCUUUUUUUUUUCUCUAUACCACCGCUUUAAUCCUGUCUUGUAUCAUAACUGCUAUUAUUCUACACCCUACCACCCCCCACCCCCCAAAAAAAACGAUAUGUAAUAAAAUGAAAAUAAUAAUAAAAACAAAGGAACAAAAA